AUGAUUGAUCAAAAUGUUGAUGAAGCUAUAGAUACAGAUGGUGUUAGCAUUGAAGAAAGUCACACUGAAGGUAAUUAUAAUUAUCAAAAUGUGCUACAUCAGAAUAAUAAUAACUCAAACUCGAACUCAGUUCUGUCUAUAAGCGAGUUAACUUCGUCUAGUUCAAAUCCAAAAAUCAGAGAUCCAACUACACCGCUUGACUUUGACAAGCCUGAAGCCCUAGAUGAUUUUCAAAUCUUUCAAGAUAUUUUUCCUUCUUUUGCUUCAGGUGGUGAUCUGCCCCCAUUUUUGAAUGAUUUUAAUACAUCACCUGCAAAUGACGGUAAUACUGAAAACAAGGAUGUGUCAAAAUUGUCUUAUUUUGAAGAAAACAUGAUGUUAAAGCAUUUCUUUAAAAGAUUGUUACCAUUGCUAGAUGCACAUCCUAGUACACCAUGGCCUCAAUUAGCAUUGAAGUACUGUGAUUUUGAGGUUGCCAAAAGUUGUUUCAUUUCCUUAGCAUGUAUCCAUCUAUAUGAAACUAAAGGGGCCAAAGAGUUUUACAGGACUGGGAUGAACCAUAUAAAUAACACCAUGGAGUAUCUUAUUGAUUAUCUGAGAGAUAAAUCACUGGGCUCAAUCGGUGACGAUGGGCUUGACGUUGACCAAAUUAUAAAGAAUUUGAAGCAACAGCCGUUAGAGAAGCAAAGGUCCAAUUUCUUUGUGAUAUUGCUACUGAUCCAUGUUCAUCUACUUUUCAGUGUGCUAGAAUCUGGAAGAUCAGCAUUAGUUAGAACGUUUUUCCAAUUAUUCAGUGGUAUCGUUAAGGAUUCUACAUUUAAGACAUAUCUGGAGAAUAUUGAAGAAAGUGCAACAUUGAUUAUCACCUUGUCAUGGUUUGACACUAUAACUGCUGUUGUUUCACCAGAUUGUAGAGUUCCAUUUUGUGAUGAUACUUGGUAUGGGGAUAAGAAUAGUUCAAUAUCUACAUUCCAAGUCAUGGGUUGUCCAGGUGAAAUAUUCAAAUGUAUUGCUAGAUUGUGUGAACUUAGAAAAGGAUUGAAAGAAAAACAUUUGAACAAGAAACAAGCACAUGAAAUAUUUGUCAAGGUGAAAAACGAAUUAUUAAGGUACAGAGAAUUUGUAUUAUUUGCAAACGAUACUGAUGAAAAUGAAAUUACCUUGAGGAUGAAAUGUUCACAAUGUUGGUCUAUUGCAGUUCUUUUGAAUUUCUAUCUAUUAGUUCAUCCUGAGGAAAAAGAAAUCGUCAAUGGGUUAUUGUUGGAAUUUAUCUCUAUUUAUGGGUCUAUGGAAAGCACUUCUACCCAUGUGACACAAAUGGUUUGGCCUGUGUUUACCAUGUCUUGUGCAUGUCAAACAAAUUAUCAAAAAAGACAUUUCAGAAAAUUUAUAGAUGUCUUGUACACAAAUGCAAAGAUGGGUACUAUCCACACUAUAGGAGUUAUUGCUGAAGAAUGCUGGGCUACAGGUAAGUCAUGGGAGGAAAUUUUAUCAAGUAAAGAAUGGUUGAAAUCAGGAAUUGACUUUUUGGUGGUUUAG